UUGAGCUUUUGAGUCGUGUGCAUAUUGAUUAUUCAAUUCAUUUGAACAUAAAAGUUACAUAUUUUUUUUAAAUAAACGCGUUGAAAUAACAACGAUUAAUUACGUAGUUACUACACUACAAUUUGGAAUGGCGUUGUGAACGGUAGUGCAUCGAUGAAUUUUAACAUCAUUUUUUAAGUCAAAGGUGUUUGGUAAUUGUAAUUCAACACCUGCGAACAAUACGUUGUUUAGGAAUGUAUUGGAACAGGUAAAUCAAUUGAAAUUGCUUAUGACAAUUCUACUUCGGACUCAAUACGAGCACAACACACGCAUCAAGACGUAAUGGAGGCCCCACGUGGUGCUGAUUAUGUUAUUAUUAUUAAGACAGAAGAUAAAGUAUCCUCUGUUGAACGCGCUGACGAUGGAACAAACGACGAUACUGUUGACACAGUUUCGGUUGCGGCUGACAGUGUGGCUUCAGUUACAACCAUGGAACUAGAGUAUACAAUUCUAGACGACACAGUGGUCCAUUCGAACAAUAAUUUAUAUAGUACGAGAAGGGACAUAUGGGAAGACGUUGAUAUCCCUGAAGCUCUAACAAAUAAUGAACACAAUGAAACACCUGUAACUGUACACGGCAGUGUAGUUUCUAAUACAACCAGCGAACUGAACCCAGGUUUAGACGACAUGGCACCUGUAAGUGGUAUGAACGCGUCCGCUAAUAAACCUGACAGACAUCAAUGCCCUCUCGGAGAGGAAAAUAUGGAGUCAGACAUUGCAUUCAAUUCUCAACGUAUUUCUUGCAAAUUUGACACUGUCAAGAUUACGACAUUUAAUUCCAAAGAAGACACUAUCCAUACAAGUGGAGGUCAAGAUGAUGCCCAAAAACUUCAAAGAGAACACGACAGCAGUGUAGCCGAUUUUGUAGAAAACCUGACUAUCGACGGAGCGUUUGACUGGCUCGAUGAACGUAACAUCGACCAAGAUCUGCACUCUCUGGAUGAAAUAAGGCUCCUUAUUAAGAGAAUGAUCAUUCAAGAGAGAAAUAAAGCACUUACUUCAAAACAUAACGUACAGAAAUCGGAUGGGGAAGAGCGUGCAAUCACAAUAUAUUACCCAUUCGUCAGACUUCGGGAAGAGCGUGCAAUCACAAUAGAUUACCCAUUCGUCAGACUGGAAUGUAAAAAGAAAACAUUUCCUAUUCUUUACUACGCAUGUGAAACCAUUCAAGGAAUGCUCACAACUUACGAGCAGGAUUUGGGAGCUCCUGCAUUGUUAGAUGACAAAUUAUGCAGCUUCAUGUCGGCAGAUUCUAUAAAUGUUUACACAACAGCGAAUUUAUUGCAUCAUUUUAACUCUGAUGCGAUGGAAGAUCAAGGCAUAUCAGCAAAUAGCGUAGUGGCCUCGAUAAAUCAGACAAGUACGUUUACUUUAAUCGUUGUUCAAGAUGACACGUGCGAAGCAAUCGUAAAUGCUUUGAAAAACUCAGACAUACGAAAUUCAGGUGUCUUAAUAGUCGGCAAUAUUAAGGACUUGCCUGUUAUCGCCAAUGUUUUCAUCAGUAUAACCCAAUCGGAAAAGAUCAUGAAGGAAGCAGAUUAUGUACUGGAACGUUGUGCAUUUGGCAUUUUGAAAACAGCGUUCAUGAAUUUACAAGACUUUGAGUCAUCACGACCACUUUCUGAACUGGAAAAUGCAAGCCUGCAUGAGGUGUAUGAUCAAAUCAAGGCAUAUUUCAAGGAGUCUUCCAUUCCUGGCACAGAAUGUCCUGAUAUUCAACCACAAACCUUCCAAUAUCCAAAGCAUAUUGAUCAGGCGAUUGAAGUUAUUAAAGGCAUAUCCGUUAUUAUCGGAUGUGUAAAGAAGAGCGGAAGACUACAAAUCUACAUUGAAGCAACAGCCCCUGAUUUUAACGUUGAAGAAAUUAUACGUCGCGAGUUAAAUAUAUAUGAGGUUAGAGAAUAUGACUUUGUGUACAGAACUGUAAAGCAUUUGUUUUCUUCUGGGGAUUCAGCAUUCGGCGGUCGAGGAACUCUGGGGGGGAUUCGUGAAGAAGAUAAAAUUACCUGAUGUCUCAGUUGGAAUACAACUGCCGUUACCAAUUGAAGGCGCAACAGCUUCGACAACACCUUCUUGCACAUUAGUAGCACUUGUCUCGCGUCACGUGGUCGAGGGAUCCGGAUUAGAAUAUCUCACUGUGGUGAAAAACGAGAGAGAUUUCGAAAUCGGCCGUUUUGUUCCAAUUAAUACUGCUGGAACAAUCGACGUGUUGCCUGUAGAUGUCUACAAUCAUUGUAAAGAUCUUUGUGACAUAAGAUUUAAAACAGAACUUAAUAUAAGUAUGACUGAUUCAAAGUUAUCAACAAUAGAAGAUUUGCACAAUUGGAUCAGGACACCCAAAUCUGUACACAUAUGGGGUGCAGCGUCUGCGCCUGGCAAAGGUACACUGAUCCCAGGAAUCUUCCAAACUCGAAAUGAAGACAGGAUCAUCAUUCGAGACCGCCGAACUGAUGAACCAUUCGCGCAAAGUGGAGAUAGUGGGGCAAUGGUUUGCUAUUUUGAUCCGCGCAAAGAAGAGCUGUACGUUGUUGCAAUGCUGGUAGGGUUGAUGGAGCCUGGUGAUGGUAGUCAAAACAGAGAAUAUGUAGCCGAAAUACUGGAUGUCGCGCUUCAGAAGCUGUCUUUAGGCAAUGGAUGUCAACUUAUGUUGGUUAAACAUGAUGAUCUCUGACGUUACAGUAAAUACUUUAAUUAUUUCCAUUUUCUUACUGAUGGCCAUAAUAAAACGAAUAAGAUUAA